GUCCCCCACGGCGCUGGCCGACCCCCUGACGGAGCAGCGGCUGCGGGGGGCGGCGGCGCGGGGGGGCCACACGCUCUACGUCCCCCGCGGCGCCCUGUGGGGCUGCGAGGACAUCCGGCGCAUGGAUGACAGUGGCACGCUGGCCGCGCUGAAGGUGACGAUGACGAAGGCCCCGCAGAGCUUCCGGCUGCAGGGCUGGCUGCGGGAGCGGCUGGUGGCCGCGGUGGCCGCGGGUGGCCGCGAGGUCCUCUACGAGGGUCCCCUGCGUCCCCUCUGUCCCCUGGCCCCCAACAACGUCAACACGAUGGCGGCCGCCGCCGUGGCCGCCCCCAGCCUGGGCUUCGACGGCGUCCGGGCCUGCUUGGUGGCCGACCCCAGCGUCCCCGACUGGCACGUGGUGGAGGUGGAGGUGACGAGCGUUGGGGACGAGGGACGGGCGCUGAGCGUCACCAGCACCCGCCGCAACCCCGCCGCGCCCGGGGCCGUCACCGGCGCUGCCACCCGCGACGCCUUCUGGAGCAGCCUCCUGGCCUGCCGCGGACACGGCGGAUGCGUCCAGCUCUGCUGAGGGGACCGAAAAGGCCGGGACCAGGCACCGGGGGGGACAUUAAAAGCUGUGACACCGC